AUGGUUGAACGAUGUCUUGAAGAAGAGGUUGAAAAAUUGCUUGAGCAAUCGGUUGAAAAAGCAAUUGAACAAGCAAUUGAACAAGCGGUUGAACAAGUGGUUGAAAAAGCGGUUGAACAAGCAGUUGAACAAGCAGUCGAGGAGGCAGUUGAAAAAGCAUUUGAACAAGCUGUUAAACAAGUUAAACAAGCUGUUAAAGAAGUUGUUGAACAAGUGGUGGAACGAGCAGUUGAACAAGCGGUUAAACAAUUGGUUGAAAAAGCAAUUGAACAAGCAGUUGAACAAGCAGUUGAACAAGAAAUUGAACAAGAAGUUGAACAAUUGGUUGAACUAGCAUACAAGCGGUUGAACAGACAGUUGAACAAGAGGUUAAAGAAGCAGUUGAACAAGUGGUGGAAUGAGUGGUUAAACACGCAGUUGAACAAGGGGUUGAACGAGCAGUUAAAGGAUGUCUUGAACAAGCUGUUAAACAAGCAGUUGAAGAAGGGAUUGAACAAGUGGUGGAACGAGCAGUUGAACAAGCAGUUGAAUGAAUGGUUCAACAAGCAGUUUAACAAGCAGAUGAUUAAGCGGUUGAAAAAGCGAUUGAACUAG